UGGAACAUAAGCUUUCCAGUGCAUUUGUUCCCAGCGAGUCAAUGGCUCUCUUCAUUUUUCUGGGAAUUUGGCUUUCUUGUUUCUUUUUUCUUUUUCUAUGGAAUCAGCACCGUGACAGAGGGAAGCUCCCACCUGGCCCCACUCCUUUACCAAUUGUUGGAAAUAUUUUGCAAGUGGAUGUUAAAAAUCUUAGCAAGUCUAUGGGCAUGCUAGCAAAAAAGUAUGGCCCUGUGUUCACUGUGUACCUGGGCAUGAAGCCCACGGUGGUGCUGCAUGGAUACAAAGCAUUGAAGGAAGCACUGAUUGACCAAGGAGAGGAGUUUUCUGAUAAAACGGAAUCAUCGUUACUCAGUAGAACCAGCCAGGGUUUAGGCAUCGUCUUCAGCAACGGAGAAACAUGGAAACAAACACGGCGUUUCUCCCUCAUGGUCUUAAGGUCUAUGGGGAUGGGAAAGAAAACUAUUGAAGACCGAAUUCAGGAGGAAAUCAUUUAUAUGCUGGAUGCAUUGAGAAAAACCAAUGGCUCUCCCUGUGACCCUAGCUUCCUUCUGGCCUGUGUUCCCUGCAAUGUGAUCUCUACUGUCAUUUUCCAGCAUCGUUUUGACUACAAUGAUCAGACAUUCCAAGAAUUCAUAGAGAAUUUUCACAGAAAAAUAGAAAUUUUAGCAUCUCCUUGGUCCCAGCUGUGCAGUGCCUACCCUAUUUUAUACUAUCUCCCUGGAAUCCAUAACAGAUUCUUAAAAGAUGUGACUGAACAGAAAAAGUUCAUCUUGAUGGAAAUAAACAGGCAUAAAAAAUCUCUGAACCUCAGCAACCCUCAGGACUUUAUUGACUAUUUCCUGAUUAAAAUGGAAAAGGAAAAAGACAAUGAAAAGUCUGAAUUUACCAUGGACAACCUGGUUGUCAGCAUAGGUGAUCUUUUUGGAGCAGGAACAGAGACAACGAGUUCCACAGUGAAGUACGGGCUUUUGCUCCUGCUGAAGUACCCAGAAGUCACAGCUAAAAUUCAGGAAGAAAUUGCUCGUGUGAUUGGUAGACAUCGGAGACCCACCAUGCAGGACAGGAACCACAUGCCCUAUACCGAUGCUGUGCUGCAUGAGAUCCAGAGAUACAUUGAUUUUGUUCCCAUUCCUUCACCUCGUAAGACAACGCAGGAUGUAGAGUUCAGAGGAUACCACAUUCCCAAGGGCACAAGUGUAAUGGCAUGUCUGACUUCUGUCCUGCAUGAUGACAAAGAAUUUCCCAACCCAGAGAAGUUUGACCCUGGCCACUUUCUUGAUGAGAAAGGCAACUUCAAAAAGAGUGACUACUUUGUGGCUUUCUCAGUAGGAAGAAGAGCUUGUAUUGGAGAAGGUCUGGCCCGCAUGGAGAUGUUUCUAAUCCUGACCAACAUCUUACAGCAUUUUACUUUAAAACCUCUGGUCAAACCAGAGGACAUUGACACGAACCCAGUUCAAACUGGUUUAUUGUCUGUUCCUCCACCCUAUGAGCUCUGUUUCAUUCCAGUCUGAAGCUGUGUGACUAUUGUGAAGUAUGUUGUUCCCUUGAUUUCUUUCUCAGCCCAUUAAUUGUUUGUAUAUGGAAGGGUUACUGAUUUUUUUGAGUUAAUUUUUUAUAUAGACACUUUGACGAAGGUGUUCAUCAGCUAUAGGAAUUCCUUGGUAGAAUUUUUUUGGGGUGCUUAUGUACACGAUCAUAUCAUCCACAAAUAGUAAUACUUUGACUUCUUUCCAGUUUGUAUUUUCUUAAUCUCCUUUGGUUGUCUUAUUGUUCUAGAGAAAACUUUUAAGUAAUAUGUUGAAUAGAUAUUGACAGAGUGGACAGAUGUGUCUUAUCCCUGAUUUUAGUGAGGUUGCUUAAGGGCUCUUCAUUUAACUUGAUGUUGGCUAUUGGCUUGCUGUAUAUUGUCUUUAUUAUGUUUAGGUAUGUGCCUUGUAUCCUUGAUCUCUCCAAGACUUUUAUUAUGAAGAGGUGUUGUGUAGCCAUCCAGAAGCCAAGGAUGAACUGGGUUUACCUGCAAGGAGGGCUGGAAAUGAAAAAGAGGAGGGGAGUGAAAGAAGAAUGAAGACAAGACAAGGUUCUGAUCAAGGCUCCAAGUUUAGUAUUCAGCACUUAUAGUUAUAUAGGGAAAGUCCACAAAACCAAUCCUUUUUUUUUUUUUGAAAAGCAAGGUCAGCAGGCAGUCUAAUCUUCUAAGUUCCUAUGUGAACUUUCAUGUGCACCCAAGGCAGAUGACUCUACCAAGGUUGAUAUGGUCCAUUGUGGCAAGUGCCCAAGGUCUGUUCGUCAAGGCUGGAAAAAACCUGCUUAAGGCUGGGAAAGCCACAAUUCUCCCCUUUUUGUUUUUAAAAGAUGAAUAGUACCAGUUGCUGGAUGGAGGCACAAGAUUUACUUGUUUUCUAUAAUCCUGUCUAGGGUAAAGAGUGGCCAGUUGACUGUGCCUGUCUUAGGUCGGUGUCUAUAUUACUCCUUCUUACCCACCAUGGAGAUCAAACAUAGCAUUGAUAUAUGUCUCUGUCUUAGGUAGAUAGGAGCUCUAGAAUACUCUUACCCAUCUCUGACUACUGGCCUUCUAUAGAACACUCUUUACCAUUCAGACCAAAGCCACGAAAGACAUAAGAAUAUGCACUCAAUGCAUUUCUUCAUAGAGAUGAAUAACUGCCAUGGUGAAUAGCUGAGCUUGCUGAAAACAAUCCUGUAUUGAGGUAACCAAUCUGUUUAAGAUACAAGGUCCAAAAGUUAAAAGCAACGAAAUUAUAAUUAAUGGUCCAAGUAACGUAGAAAUUAAAGUUGUAAGCCAUGGGGGAAGUGGAGAACCAAGAUUCAAACCAUCCUUGAUUCUGUUCUUUUUCACUUUUCCUUUUGAUUAGUCCUUCUCAAACUUUAGCCAUAGAAUCCUUUACUACUUCUGAAUGAUCUAUGUAAAAGCAACAUUCUUUGUGGAGGGCUGCACAUAGUCUUCCUUGUUGAAGGAAUAAAAGAGCAAUCCCUCUCCUGUCUUGAAGGACUACCUCAGAUGAGGAGGUCAGAGAUUCUUGCAAAUGGGAAAUCAAGGUUUCUAUCCUUUUUGUUUUGUUUUGUUUUUCGAGACAGGGUUUCUCUGUGUAGCCUUGGCUGUCCUGGAUCUCACUUUGUAG